GAUCCGGGCCCAGCCGGGGCCGCGGGAGGCGGGGGCGCCCGGGCCCUGGAUGUCCCGCAGCGCGGCGGCCAGCGGCGGACCCAGGAGGCCUGAGCUGCAUCUGCCCCCAGCCCCCUGUGGGGCCCCGGGGCCCCCCGAAACCUCCAGGACGGAGCCAGAAGGAGCGGGCACCAUGAAUAAGUUACGACAGAGCCUGCGGCGGCGGAAACCAGCCUACGUGCCCGAGGCGUCGCGCCCCCACCAGUGGCAAGCAGACGAGGACGCGGUACGCAAGGGCACGUGCAGCUUCCCGGUCAGGUACCUGGGCCAUGUGGAGGUGGAAGAGUCCCGGGGGAUGCAUGUGUGUGAAGAUGCCGUGAAGAAGCUGAAGGCGAUGGGCCGGAAGUCCGUGAAGUCUGUCCUUUGGGUGUCAGCCGACGGGCUCCGAGUGGUGGAUGACAAGACCAAGGAUGUCCCUCCCUCCGGGGCCUUCUAG